AAAAAUUGUAUCCUCCCGCGCAAAAAGGAGCUCCCGUGAAAUACAAUAUUGCAACUCAGAACUGUAAAGCCAGCUCUCCCUCGUGAUUCUUUUCAUCUCCAUACCUUAUUCUUUCUUUCUUUCUUUCUUUGGUUCGUUCCCAGCGUCACUCACUUACAGUUACAGUUCCUCAUUCCGUUUCUCUUCGAUCUUUGCAAACACACACACAAUGGUGAAGGAUAUGGAGUACUACAAUAUUCUCGGAGUCUCUUCUUCUGCCUCUGAAGACCAAAUUCGCAAGGCUUAUUACCUCAAGGCAAUGCAGGUUCAUCCCGAUAAAAACCCAAACGAUCCUCGUGCAGCUGAAAAAUUUCAGGUUUUGGGUGAAGCUUACCAGGUUUUGAGUGAUCCGGUACAGAGGAAUGCGUAUGAUCAGAAUGGGAAGCAUUCUGUGUCUAGAGAAACAAUGCUUGACCCCACGGCUGUGUUUGCACUGCUCUUCGGAAGUGAAUUGUUCGAGGACUAUGUAGGGCAUCUAGCUGUGGCAUCGAUGGCUUCUUCUGAACUAUCCGAAGAAAGCAAUGACCUUGAUAAAAUGAAUGAAAAGUUAAAGGCUGUCCAAAGAGAAAGGGAGGAAAAAUUGGCAAGGUUUUUGAAAGAUUUCCUUGGUCAAUAUGUUCAUGGUGACCAAAAGGGAUUCUUACAUCAAGCAGAAUCUGAAGCAAGACGGCUUUCUCGCGCAGCCUUUGGAGUUGAUAUGUUACACACCAUAGGGUAUAUAUACUCAAGACAGGCAGCACAAGAACUAGGGAAGAAAGCCAUUUAUCUUGGAGUGCCAUUUUUGGCUGAGUGGGCUCGCAACAAAGGACAUUUCUGGAAAUCACAGCUUACGGCUGCUAAAGGUGCUUAUCAGUUGCUGCAGUUUCAAGAAGACAUCUACAAGCAACGUAAAACGGAUGGUAGUGGCCCAGAAAAUGAUAUUGACUCUCAUAUUAAUAAGGAUACAUUGAUGAAUUCUUUGUGGAAGUUAAAUGUGGUGGACAUAGAAGUAACUCUUGCACAUGUGUGCCAAAUGGUGCUAAGGGAACAAAAUGUUAAGAAAGAGGAACUUAAAGUACGGGCAAAUGCUCUUAAAAUUCUUGGGAAGAUAUUUCAGGAAAAGAAUCCAAAAGUAGAAGAGACAUUGAAGAAGAAAAUCGCUAUAGAUUCUGACGACGAAGGAAGCAGUUCUGAUUCUUCAGAAGAUGAAUCACAUAGAGCUCUUUCCUAUCGAGCUCCCUUUUUUACUCAGGGUAUUGGCAGGCUAUUCAAAUGCCUUUGUAAUCCAGCAUUUGAUGUGGACGAUGAAGAGUAGUUUACAAAAGUAAAUGAUCUGCAAAAACGUAAGGAGUAUGAAACAAAGAUUCAUCCCUUCUCAACAUUUUAUUGGUGAGAGUGAGACGAUAUACUAAUAACAUGGCUUUGUAGUACGCUGGUAGUGCUGGAACAUAGUUUUGUGAAGAAAAUGGUGCAAACCAGGGAGAAUCAUGUUUGUUGCUGCUUGUAAUUACCACUGUUACCAUUUUACCAACUUACAUUUGGCAUGUCACUUUUAGGCUAUGUAUACUCGAUGUUGCCUGUUGUAAUUACCACUGGUAAUCUCACGGAUCAUAUUGUUCCUCCUUACUUUUGUAUUCUGAGUGAAAAUCUAUUUGCCUACAAACCUUAGACAUCAUACUUCAAACA